AUGUCAAGUUUCUCUAAAAAAACAUUCAACGCUCAAAAUUAUGAUAAAUUUAGACCCAAGUACACAGCUGAUAUCUAUAAUAAGAUUAAACAAUAUCAUAAAGGUGGUAAAAAUUUAUUGAUAGAUGUUGGAUGUGGUCCAGGCACAGCCACAUUCCAAAUGAUUGAUUAUUUAAGUGAUUUCAAAUCCUUUAAGGGAACCGAUAUAUCUGAUAGAAUGAUUGGUGCUGCGACUUUAAAAAAGGUCGAAUUAAAUAUACCUGAUGAAAAAUUAGCAUUUUUCCAAUCUUCAUGUGAUGAUUUCAGUUUCUUGAAAGAAUUCAAAGAUAAUCAGAAAGCUGAUAUGAUAACUGCUGUAGAAUGUGUUCAUUGGUUUGAUUUUCAGAAAUUCCAGGAGGCUGCUGCUAAAAAUUUAUCAAAAAAUGGUACUUUAGCGAUUUGGGGUUAUCGUGAGUUUUUCGUUCCCGAAUAUCCAGAAAUAUCUACGGUUGUUAGAUCAUUUUUAGAUGAUGAUAAUGUAUUAGGCCCUUAUUUCGAACAACCGGGACAUACAAUUAUGAAGAAUCUAUGGAGAGAUCUAAAAUUUGAUACAAAGUAUUUUAAGGAUAUUGAUGAAAUUAUUUAUCAUUCAGAAGAUUUUGGGAAAAAUCCAAGCAAUGACCUUUAUUUACUUCAACAUAAAGCACCAGUUAAAAUACUAAAACACCUUUUGACAACAACUAGCGCUUACCAAGAUUGGAAAGAGGCUCAUCCAAAUGACAAGGAUUUGAGUGAUGUACUUUUAGAAAAAAUUUACGAAGUAUAUCCUGAAUUGAAUGAAAAUACUAUUCUAGAUGUUAAACUUUCUACCAUAUUCAAAUUCGCUAGAAAAAUCUAA